AAAUCACGCGGUAAAUAAGCAUGCAAGUUCACGUAAUUAUUAUUCAUCAGUAUUAUAUUGCGGGCGAGGGUCAAGGCUUUCUAGAUCAUCCUCGGCGUUAUUAACGACGUAUCAUUACAUUUUUCUCAUAAUAUACUUGAGCGAAUGCCUGAAUAACGUUAACCCUUUCACUGUGGCAAUGAUCCGUGACCAAGAAGCGGCGGUACCUUGAUGUUCACGGUGUAUCGCGUACACGGCUCGCGCCAAGUGCGUAUACGGAAUAAAUCGCGUUACCAACGUCAUACAUUACGCUACGUAUUGCACGCUGUAUAUCGUUAAUAUCGUUACAUCGCGUGUAACGAUAUUACAUAUUCGCGCCUUCAAACGGCACAUUGAUACGAUAAAUGCUCCACGACUCGAUACAAGCAUCGCAUCAGCAAAUAAAGCAGCACGCGUCGUCGGUGUGAUAACGUUCGAAUAUAACAAACGCGGUAAAAUCUAUCGCAAGUGUUGUUUUUUUCCCCUAGCAGCACCCGGGGCGUCAUUUGCGGCGGGCUUUAAUGUCGCGAGUCACGGCGUAACCCACUUCGUGCGAUCGUAUCGACAAUGUUAAUACAAACAACGUAAUUAACUGUCAGACGUACGCAGCGCGCUGUGUACGCACCGCGAGUUCACCUAUUUCAAGAUAACGGUAUGAGAUCGUAAGCGAUGCGCGAGAUGCAUUACAGUUAUGCAGUACGCCCGCUUUAUUCCGCCGGAUUAAACACGCCCCUCUUAACACUUGGACGGACAGCCGGGAAAUUAAAUAAGUCGCGCCAUCACGAUGCGUCUAUUCAAACGUUACACGGCCGAUACGAGUCCGCAGCUCGUCUCGGCCGUACCCAUAUCCCAAGACGUCGCGGCUGCGAAUAACGCCGGCAGCGGUGCGCCCGUGAGAUCGGAGAAGAAAUCGACGACAGACGACAGGCUGGAAGGUGCCCCUCCGGUCAAGGAAGACACCGGCGCGCCGAAGGAAUCGGCGGACCCCUCUAUUCUGACUCGUAAAGGAAUCUCAACGUGGGGACGGAAGAUGGGACGACGGUGGGAUCAAAUGAAGAGGUCGGACAGCUCCGAAUUGCUCUCGGUGCCGCGCCGGCGACGACGGUGGAGCCCACAUCGGAGAGGCGGCCAGGACGAAAUCUCGAACGAGAGAGAAAACGGAAAUAGCGAACUCCCGAGGCCAAAGAGAAUUCCCAGAGUGGAGUCGCUGAGAAAUCUCUUCAGGACCGGCGGCGAUCAUCCUCUUAACGGCAAGAGCUCUGCGAGAAGCGCGACAAUACAGGAGGAGGACGCGGUCAACGUUAGCCAUUACCCGAUGGAGAAAACUCUCAGCGAGGGAGCGAUCAGGAAGCUGCCGUUCCGAGGUAUCUGCCCCGAGAAUUUCGACGAUCGCGAGUUCGCUAGGGUCGACCGGGAAAUGUUCCUCCGCCAAAAGAAAUUGCAGCUGAGUCGCAGCAUACAUGAUCUCCAGGAGCAGCAGCGACUCCUGGAUGACAUACUCAAGAAUCACGAGAUCCUGAAGACGCGCCAGGGCGACAUGCUCACGAGGGAAACGUUGGAGAACGUUGGAACGAGCGCGAGUUCGAAGUCUUUGGGGAAGGCGAAGAGCCGAAUCCCGACGCGGACGUCUGAUCAUCGAGCUGCCGGUAACGCGAGUGUCAACGAGGCUAAGGGAAAUUCCCAAGGAUCAUCCGCCGGCUCGCUGACUGGCCUGGAAGAUCUGCUGAGCAAUCUGCGCAUAGGUUGCGACGAAAGCGGCUACGAUUCGGAUAGCACGCGAGCCGGCGCGGAUUCGCCGGACAGCGAAAAAUCUGCGGUGCCGCCCUUGUUGAAGCCGCGCAGCUUCUCGGUAACGUCGGACGAUUAUCGCGGCAUUGACGCGUCGCUGUUCGGUAGUAUCUUGCGAAAGAAAGACGCGGGUGCGGCGGCCGCAUCACGUUUGCCGGAAACGCGCGGCUCGAAGAUCGAGAAGGUCGACGCCGCUGAUGCCGCUACCGUUGCCGCGGCGAGCAAUCCCUCCUACGAUGAUUCGACCACAACUCAAACCACGUUGAUGUCGGAGGAGGACAGCGACACGGAUAGCUGCGAUGAAGCUACUUUCGCCGAUUUUCUAGAGUACCAGCCAGAUUUAACGAGAAUUUAUUCCAAGGAGGAAGCAGACCUGUUGCCCAAGUCUCGCGAGGCUCUGAUAAAAGCAGUGUCCACGACAUCCGCUCUGCUCGGCGAGGAUUUAAGGAAGCUCCAAGUGACCAACCGUAACGAUCCCGACGUUACACCGCAAUGUGACGAUGCUGAUGCGCGUGGCGUCGUCGCCGCAGCGAAAGACGACGCCAAAACGAAAGUCGAUUCCGACGAGAGGAAACUUUGUGCAACACCGGAAAAUCACUCUAACGUAUCUCAAAUGGCGAAAUUUCAGAAUUUACUCAAGGACAAGAGGUCGAAAAGUCGAAAAUGCUCAAGCCCUAGCGUAUUAUUCCUCCUGGAGCACGCCGCAUCGCCGUGUAAAGAUAGUCCGCCGGCUAACAAACUCCGUCCCUUGUCCGAUGCAAUGACCAAUCAUUUGCGAUACUACAGCCCAAAGAGAUCACGUUCCACCCUAGAACUGGACAUGUUGGGCGUGACGAGGAACGCGGCGAAGAAAGUGUUAAUGAGCGAUAAGCCCUCGGUUCCUAUCGCUUCCGUUACUAAGCCCGUCACCGUCGUUAACAAGAUUCUAGUACGACGCGAAUUGAAAACGAUGAAGCUGACGGUGAACCACGCGGCGGGUCUCGGUAUUUCGGUCGAACGGUGCGAGGCGGCCAGACCAUUCUACGUGAUCGCCAAGAUGGAUCCCAACGGCGAAGCGGCUAGGUCGAAGCAAUUCCGCAUCGGCGACGAGAUCGUUCGAAUCUGCGGACGCAGGAUACGCGGUAUGUCGAUGAUCGAGGCGCGAAACGCCUUGCGGAGCUGCGUCGGCACGGUCGAGCUGCAAAUCGCGAGAGAACCGAAUCCGGCCUUCGGCGAGGAAAUCGGCGACACGUGGGGCAACGCCUUGACGCGAACGCGAAGCGACCCCGACGCGUGGAUCUCGAAGAGCAAAAGAAUCGGACCGCUAUCAGUUCCCCCCGACGAUGCGUCCUCUUCGACGAACGCCGGAAUCGCCGUUGACGACGCGACCGUCGGUUUCCAAAAGAUGACGGGUAUGAAGAAGUUCCAGGUGGUGAGGAAACGAAGCGCCGAGGCGCCCACAGUUCGACGAGGGUCCAGUUUAUCUCUCGAUCUGUUAACGAUCGCACUGGAAAAGGGCGCACCGAAGAAAUUGGGCUUCUCCAUCGUGGGCGGCGUGGACAGCAAUAAAGGACGCAUGGGUAUCUUUGUGAAGGAUAUUAUGCCCGGUGGACAAGCCGCGGAGGAAGGUACUUUGAGAGUAGGAGACGAAAUUUUGGCGAUCAACGGCUCCCCAUUGGACGGGCUGACGCACGCCAAGGCGUUGCAGACAUUCAAGAGUGCCAAAGCUGGGAGUUUGAUACUUCAUGUCGCCCGAAGAGACCCCACGCAUAAACGAUAUGUCACACAAUCGAAGUCAUAUGAUUGCCUCGACAAACUAACGAAGUCUGCCGACGAAUGAAAUCUUUGAUAUUAUGUCGUUAAUUGUAUUGUUAAUUUCGUUUCUAAAAACACAAUGAAUUACUACGAGAAGUUAGGAAAUUUCGUCAACCCUCUGGGCGUAUUAAAUACAAAGUUUACAUCUAUAAUAUUACAAAAACACUAAAAAUUCAACUAUCGAUAUUUUACGUUAUAUUUUAUUCUAAAUAUUUCAUGCAUUUCGGUUAGCAUCUUAACUGCUUUUGGUAAUAUUUUGUAGAGGGAUAUAUAUAUAUAUAUAGAUAUUGAACUCUAAUUGUGAUAUCAAUUACUUCCACUAACGAAUAGUACUCGUAACAACUUUUUUUCUAAUAGAUCUUUUCGAUAUAAAUAAGAACAUUUUGUGUUAUGUAAUAUGCAUAAUAUUGAAUUUGACAUCUCUAAAUAAGAUCUCAGAGAUGAGGGCAGUCUGCAUUUAUUUAUGCUUUCAUACAUUUCUUUCGUAUUCAAUUAAUCUAUCCUAUUUCAGGAGGAAAAUAGAGAUAAAUUUUGCAAAAUAAUUAUUAAUUUAUCGCGUUAUUGAAAUAUUUGCAUUUCUUAUUCGGAACCCAGUGAACACCGAGCAUCUGUUUCAUUGCAUUUAUGUUACAGUUUCUCACUCAACAAUGUAACUCAACAUGUGUUAUAUCACAUUUACACUGUUGAGUGAGAAUCUGUAACAUAAGUGCAAUGAAACAGAUGCUCGGUGUUCCCUGGGAAUAUAUCUGUUUAGAUACGAACGUUAUAGAAAUACUUUAACGUUAAAGAAAUGUCAAGUAAAGUAAUAUAAAAAGUAGAAUUAGUUAACAAUAACGAUAUUGUGCAGCUUUAUAGCCAUGUCCUGUUAGAUGUGGUACGCUAACAGCUUGGAAUAUGGUAUAACUUAACAGCAUCGUGGGAUUUAACAAAUGUUUUUAUUGAAAAAUAUACUCUUGUGUAAAUCGAACCUACACGAACAUUGAAAAGCUAGUUAGUUGCGCCCGAAAGCACGAAAGUCAUCGACUGUGUAACGUUACGACCAUAAUUAGUAAUUCUUGUUAAGUUAUUUCGUUAAGAGACUGACAUUACGAAUGUCUACCUGCAAAUGCUGUGAUAAUGAUUGUAGUCGCAUCGGCUGAUAUUAUAUGAGUUGUAUAUUUAAUAAUAAAUAUGAUUUUGUUAAAUGUGAAAA